GACAAAAUUUUCUCGAAUUCCUGGUCGAUAUAUUGGUCGAAAGUCAAGGCGUUCGAGAACCGAGGUAUCACUGUAGUUUGUGCAAAAAAGAUGACAUGCUAUUACAUAUCCAGUCUCAUAUUACACAAUGACUCAGUUUAUCAGAGUUUGUUUUUAUUUGAAGUACAGUGUAGGCCAUUUAAGCCGCGGUGAUUGGGGUCCGAACUACUUAACCAUGGCUUAAAUAUUUUUUGAUAAUGCAUAAAUUACAAUAAUGAAAAAAUAAACGUAUUUUUAAUUACAAUCAUUUCUCAUGUAUUGACUGGCGAGUCGCAUUUUGAAAGUAGUGAUGUAAUCAACACCUGUCUCUAGUGUUUGAGAGGCCAUGUCCAGGUCCCUACGAUCCAUAGUGUAAAAAAAUUGGGAUCCAGGCAUUCGGGACUUAAUUACCCUACACAGUACAUUCUGAGAAUGCUGCAGUUAAUGAAGCCAAAAAGUUUGCAGAUUCACAGAUUCUUUUUGUCCCGAGGCAGACGUUUAUUAUUAACAUUAUAAUAGUGUUUUUCCUUCUUUUUUUUAAAGUAAGCAGCAAGACGAUUUAUUUCUGUAAAAUAUUUGUUAAUUAUGUGCUGUUUUUAAUUUACAUUUGUCAUAUUGCCAGUUGAACCAGUACCAAUGACCUUAAAUUUUCUUUUAAUUUUAAAGUCUUGAUGUUGCUAUAAUUCAAAUAAGCUUUGCAUGUUCCUUUCCUCACGAUUUCCAUUAUAAUAGUAGUCACUCUGCGGCACAUCAUGAUAAUGAAACCAGUAACACGAAACAAUACUUUUGCUAGCAUGGCUAAAAUGGCUGGAAGACAAGUUGUGCGCUUAUUUAUAGGACUAGUCCUCUGCCGCCGCCAUUUGCAGCUUUACAACAACUGCUUGCGUCAGCAAGCGCAUCGUGAUGACGUAAUUGCGAUAACAUCAUAGCUGGUGCAGUGACUCAAUAGUAGGUUGUCGGUCUAUCGCCACAAAAGCAGGUCUGCAGCAAGAAGUGACCCAAACCACAAAGUAGUGAGACCCAAUGCCGCUCUUUAUCGAACCAUCGUCGUCGCUACAUCAGUCAUUGCGUAUGCAAGGUCCUUCAGCAAACUCCCCUCGAAGUCGGUCCUCUGUACAAUGUCACAUGAAGGUCAGAACUGCACAUUCUCCAGGAUUGCAGAAAUAAAUGGCCACUCUGAGCUGAACAGCAGUUUACAAAGUGAGACCAAAUUCUGCCUUUAUGGCUGCUGCGUGGGAAACUGCUGCUACCCAGAGCAUUUCUCGUCCAUAAUGUGGAUUUCUCUCACCAUCUUCGGAACAGCGGCGGUUUUGUCGGCUGUUGUCGUCAGUCUUUUCUACUUAUGCUGGAUGAAGCGCCAAAAGCCGAGAGUUGUCAUGGUGACCACUGCGGGGUCCGGGUUAAGGGGUUCCUUACAACGAGGGCUGCACCAGAAUUCCACCUAUUGCCCAUGCCAUCUGUCUCUGUCCACCGGUUACACGCCAUCUGCCCCCGGAGGACUUUCCCCACUCUCUUCAGCAUCCGCAUACCUGCCCAUGUCGCCAGCCAACUAUACACAACCCUUCGUCGCAACAUACCAGCUGAACCCACUCGUUGACCUGUCCAGGCCGCCCGUUCUUGGCGCUUACCCCCUUGCUACGUCCGUCGCUUACCCGCACGGAGGUCCGGUGCACGUCGAUGCCAAUCUGCUGCCUCCUAGCUAUGCGCAACAUGAAGCCGGGGACGGGUGCGCAGAGCAAACUGCCAGAGAAACCCCUUCUGUUCCGCAGCCGCCUGCCUCUGCUCGUUAACAAUGCUGACAGAAGAGUGCCGUCAAGAUCACAAACAAAAAAGUUCGAACAACACAGUUGCUCAAUCUGGAGUCAACUAUAACCAUACUCCGGAAAACAGGAAGGACAAUGGUGAGCCAUGUUAGAAUAGGGUUAGAAUGAGACGAUCUUAUCUUGUUCAGCGCGUGCGCACACACACACUGUGACAAAACGUUAUCUACUUUCGAGCUCUGUUUGAAAGUCAACUAGAGAAAAGAAUGUUAGUCACAGUACUAAAUAUGUAAAUUGGGUAAUGUAUUGAAAAUAGCAUUUCUGGUGGGCUCAUCGACAGCAUUACAAAGAAAAAAAUAACUGCUUUCUAUUUUCUUUUGUUUGCACAUUAAGUGUUGCUUUCUGCUUGUCCGAUAUGUGACACUUACGUACUUUACUUUAUUGCAAACUUUCGUCAACGACUUCCUUAGCAUUCGUUUAUAUUAAAUUUCACUACUAAGUCCACAAAUAUAUGGAUAAUAUGUAAUAAAGUAUCUAUAUUUGCGAA